CGUUCACCCAACCCAAUCUAAAAAACGUCCGCUAGUUGUAUGGUUGGUUAGUGAUUGUUUUGGUUGGGUAGAUAAAUAAAUAAUUUUGUAAUUAUUUCCAUUUCGCUGAAACUUAAAUUGAAAUGACACCAACAUGUUGUGCAUAUGGGUGUUUAAACAAAUUUGAAAAGGGUAAGGGAUUAGGUUUUUAUCGUUUUCCAUCACAAAAAAAUCGUCGCAUUCUUUGGAUUUUGGCUGUGCGACGAAAAUAUUUCGUACCGAACAAGCACACUCGUAUUUGCGGGGCACACUUCGUCACAGGAAAACCAUCUAGACAUCCAGCCCAUCCUGAUUAUAUUCCUACACUUUUCAAGUUUAAAUAUUCUAAACAUGAAUCUAAAAGGUUUCGUAAAGUGUUAUGUGACAAAGGUGAGGUGCCAGUUUUAGAUACUAAUAAUGAAUCAACAAGUGAUUCUGAGUCUGAGGCUCAAGAUUUUGCAUCAGAUCAUGGUCUUGAGCCUGAGAUAAAAAUUGAGAGUGAAAUUAACUCACCUUCUGAAAUAAGAAUUGAAGAUGUGCAAAGUAUUUUAGAUAACGAUGAAGUAUAUGAUCCAAACACUGAAUCAGGUGAAUCUUCAAAACUGAAACACCAACCAAUGUCCUAUACAUUUCUUGAUAUAGAGGGUAAUGUGAUAGCGAGAUUUGUUAAGAAGCGUGUGAAGAAAAAACCAGUUCGUCGUUCUAAACCUCGCCCUAAAAGAGUUGAUCCUGACUCAGUGCAAAUUGUUAUAGAAAAUAAUGUUGCAAGAAUAGUUGCUAAUGUAUAAAGAUAUUCUAAUAAUAAUAGUUGCUAAAAUGUAUAAAUAUAUUCUAUUGGUGAUUGCAAAGAUGAUUGUUACGACUUCUGAUGAACAUGUUAAGCUUUUUUGAAUGAUUUAUCUUCAUGUGUGAAAAGUUCUUUAUUAUCAUUUCAGACUGUAAUACCCAAUUUAUAGUAAUUAUUUAUAUCAAGUUUAUGAAUUCAAAGUUAUGAAAUUAUUAUUUUUACUUUUUAUCUUAUAUAUUUAUAAUGAAAGAAAUAACAAUUGCAUUCUUUAUAUUUAAUUUUAGUUUCUUUCAUUUCUGAAACUUAAAGCGAGUGUACUAAAAGACAGUCUGAGAUUGUUUCGAUUUAGAAGAUUUCAGAUAAUGUUAAUUUUUUUAUGUUACAAAAGAAUAUUUUAAUGUUUUUUUUUAUACCAAAUUCAGAAAGUCGAACUCAGUUGAAUAACUUAUUUUUGUAAUGUCCCAUAUUUGCUUUAAUUAAAAUGAGAUAAGGCCGUUCUAUUGCGUUUAAGUGAAGGAAAAUUAUUUUAUGGAUGUUGUCUAUAAAGAAAUAUAAUGUUUUUUGCUAUCAAAUUUUGAAUUUAAAAGAUGUUAUUAAAAAUAGUUUUAUUACCCAAAUAUUGUUUUGGUAUAUCUUAUUUUAAAAACUAAUGCUUUUAUUAAUUAGAAAAAAACAUGUUUUAUAAUUAUUUACUAUUUUUUUUAAAUUUAAUUUAUUAAUGAUAAGAAAAUGAAUUGUCAGAUUAACAUAUGUUAUGAAUUUCUGCCCGAUUGAAAGAGGGCGUUGUAAUCGCUCAUAUAACUCUGUAAUCACUUGUGUGGCAGUCAAUGGAUUGAACUGGGUGGCUUAUUGGAAAGUCCUAUUUUGUACCAUCAUAUUAUUUUAUUGUUUAUUAUUAUUAAAUGUGUUAUCUAAAA